UUUUCAUAAAGGUUUCUCAAAUAUUUGGAAAAUUCGUAUAUAAUUUAUGAAUAUCACCGUAAUAGCAAAGUGUCAUUAAAUACUAACAUUUUUAAACAUUAGAAUUAUUUAAUUUCGGGAAUACAAGAUAAUUAAACAAGAUGGCACCCCGUAAAGCUAAAGCUCAAAAGGAAGAGGUCCAAGUAUCUUUGGGUCCUCAAGUGCGUGAUGGUGAAUAUGUUUUCGGUGUUGCACAUAUUUAUGCAAGUUUUAAUGAUACAUUCGUGCAUGUGACCGAUUUGUCGGGCCGUGAAACCAUAGCUCGUGUCACUGGUGGCAUGAAAGUGAAAGCAGAUCGUGAUGAAGCUUCUCCCUAUGCUGCUAUGUUAGCAGCCCAAGAUGUUGCUGAAAAAUGUAAAACAUUGGGUAUUACUGCAUUACACAUCAAACUGCGCGCUACAGGUGGCAACAAGACUAAAACCCCCGGUCCUGGAGCCCAGUCGGCACUAAGAGCUCUGGCUCGUUCAUCCAUGAAAAUUGGCCGCAUUGAAGAUGUUACACCCAUUCCGUCGGAUUCAACUCGCAGAAAGGGUGGCCGUCGUGGUCGCCGUUUGUAAACGAAAGGCGAGCUUUUCUAAUUUUUUUUUUUAAUAAGUUAAAGUGAGAAUAAAAAAAAAAUUGAAUAUGAACUUUCAA